AUGGCAGCAGCAGCAAUAGAGACAGCAAAAAACACUGUAGGCAGAACCGGAUCGUCUCCAUCCCCGUCUUUGACAAAUGAUCCUUCACGCAAGAGCAGUUCUGGCUCCAACAAAGGAACAAACCAUCAAACUACAGCAUUUAUUUGUUCGAGUUGCGAUGAACCUAUUUCUGGCUUGAUGAUUACAGCGAUGGGCAAGCGAUGGCAUUCUGAACAUUUUGUCUGCUGUAUUUGUAAUACCAACUUGGAGCAUGUUCAAUUUUUCCAGAAGGACGGAAAGCCUUAUUGUCAUCUGGACUAUCAUGAAUUAUUUAGUCCAAAGUGUGGUCAUUGCAACACAGCCAUUGAAAAUGAAUGCUUGACUGCAUUGGGCAAGAACUGGCAUCCAGGCCAUUUCUUCUGUCGCGAAUGUGGAGAUCCAUUUGGAGAGGACGGAUAUAUGGUGCAUGAUGAUUUCCCAUAUUGUGAAAAGGAUUACUUGCGAUUAUUUGCACCCAAAUGCGCUGGAUGCCAGGAUCCAAUUCAAGGCGACUUUAUUAGUGCGUUAAAGGGCAAAUGGCACCGCGAUUGCUUUGGAUGCACUAUUUGUCAUAUCGGGUUUGAUUCAUCGUCUUAUUAUGUCCAAAAUGGAAAGCCCUAUUGUCAAGCACAUUAUAAGACUGGAGCUGCUGCAUCUCAAGCUGUUGUAGCAUAA